AUGUUGGCUCCACGCGCAGCCCGCUCAGCUCGAUCGGUGACUUCACUCUUGCGACCCUUCAGCUCGUCGGCUGUGGCCUAUCGUGCUCCCUCCAUUCGAGAUGUUACAGCCCAGUCGACUGAGGAGUACCUCAGACGGCGGAAGGAGUUCCGCGAGAACUUGGAGCAGGCUCGUUUGAAAAGAGAACAGCAAGAGAGUCAGUCUGUCAAUGCUUCCGCUUCUUCAUCUACCCCUUCCCGUGAGUACGCUCCCACUGCUCCACAGGUGAGCAAUGCGAGCAUCCAUGAUCGUAUCUGCCCUACUUUCGAUGCUGCCACGGCACUUGACCAGAAAGGACUGGGCUCACUCUCAACGCACCGCUAUCUAGGGGAUGAACAGCAACAAGAAGCUGCAGCCAAACGUGGCCCUUUGUCUUCGCUCAUCUAUGGCACAAAGGAGGGUCAACAUUUCGACAAGGAUAUGGAGCGCUCGUUCUCGCAGGUCCUAGCACGCGGCAAAUACGUCCAUUCCAUCGUUAUGCACGACGUCAAGCCCGACAAGGUUGAUGAAUACGUGGACCUGGUAGGCCAGUGGUACCCCCGCAUGGCGGGUACCGAGGAGAACCGUGUCAACUUGGUAGGCAGCUGGCGGACACAAGUGGGCGACAAUGACACCUUUGUCCACAUCUGGGAAUACCAGCGCUACGAAGGCUACCACGACUCUCUUCACAACAUCUCGCAACACCCAGAGUUCCGUGAGUUUGAUCGCAAACUCAAGAGCCUGAUUAAGAGCAAGAGGACUUCGUUGAUGCAGGAGUUCUCGUUCUGGCCCACAACCCCGCCUCGCCGUCUCGGUGGACUGUUUGAGCUUCGGUCGUACACACUGCACCCAGGCAACCUGCUAGAGUGGGAGACACACUGGCGCCGUGGCCUUACGGCUCGUCGUGAGGUGAUGGAGGGUGUAGGCGCAUGGUUCGUGCAAAUCGGCGAAUUAAACACGGUGCACCACCUGUGGCAGUUUGCCAACCUGGAGGAGCGCAAGAUCUGCCGCGAGCAGUCGUGGGGCGUCGAGGGCUGGGCCGAGACAGUUCACAAGACUGUGCCCUUGAUCCAGACUAUGCAGAGUCGGAUUCUUGUCCCUAUGCCAUGGAGCCCUGUGGGCUAA